CUAUAAUCAAGAUUAAUAAUUUUUCCAGUUGUACGUCAGGGGACUCAAGCAGCAAUUGGCCUCUCCAGUGCUGAUAUAGCACUACGCAUCAAGAGGGAACAAGUUAAACGUCGAAUGUUACAGAACUUGAAUAUAUUUGUCUCUACCACUCGUCUGUGCAUAAACAAUUUGCCACAGAGAAUUGGUGACAAGCAGUUGUUUACAAUAUUCAUCAAACAUUCACCACAAGGAGCUAAACUUACUGAGGCCCGAAUCAUGCGAGACUUUAAAGAUGUGGAUGAAAAUGGUAAACCCAAAAGUCGAGGAUAUGGCUUUGUCACCUUCACUGAACACGAACAUGCAUUGGCUGCUCUCAGAAAAAUCAACAACAAUCCUGAUAUAUUCACAAAUGAUCAAAGGCCUAUUGUGGAAUUUUCUUUGGAGAAUCGAUCUGUUCUUAAUGCUCGACAAAAGCGUGUGGAGAAGAGUAGAGAAAAGAACCCCUUGUGGAAGAAAGAUGAACAAGGCACAAAACACAUUGCCAGUAAGAAAGGUAGGUGUCCUUAUUGCAUGGAAGUAAAUAUUUUGAAUGGCUUCAAGGCAGGAGCUUAUUUCUAAAGAUUCUAUCAUGAG